AUGGACACCAGAGCCCAACAAUUCACCAUCACCAUGGAGACCACCACCAUGAAUCUCAUCAUCAUCGUCAUGGAGACCACCACAGUCCAGACCAUCGUCAUGGAGAUCACCACAGCGAAACUCAUCACCAUCGCCAUGAAGACCACCACAGUCCAGACCAUCACCAUCAUCAUGGAGACCAGCACAAUCCAGACAAUCGUCAUGAAGACCACCACAGUCCAGACCAUCACCAUCACCAUGGAGACCACCACAGUCAAGCCCAUCCCCAUCGCCAUGGGGACCACCACAGUCCAGAUGAUCGUCAUGGAGACCACCACAGUCCAGACCAUCACCAUCACCAUGGAGACCACCACAGUCCAGCCCAUCACCAUCACCAUGGAGACCACCACAGUUCAGACAAUCGUCAUGGAGACCACCACAGUCCAGACCAUCACCAUCACCAUGGAGACCACCACAGCGAAACUCAUCACCAUCUCCAUGGAGACCACCACAGUCCAUCCAGACAAUCAUCAUCACCAUGGAGACCACCACAGCGAAACUCAUCACCAUCACCAUGGAGACCACCAUGGAGACCACCAUAGAACAGACAAUCUUCAUGGAGACCACCAAAGUCCAGAGAAUCACCAUCACCAUGGAGACCACCACAGCAAAACUCAUCACCAUCACCAUGGAGACCACCACAGUCCAGACAAUCACCAUGGAGAUCACAACUGUCCAGACAAUCGUCACAGAGACCACCACAGUCCAGACCACCAGCAUCCUCCUGAUUUUUUCUCCCAGCCUCUCUCUCAGAAUAAUGACCCGAGUGUCUUCAGUGACCUUGAGGACCACAGCACUCAUUCAAAGCAACACUCCGCUGGCGGGCAGCUGGAGGCUGUUUCUAACAGGAGCACUGUCGCCCCCUCCAGUCAGGACGAAGAGCGUACAAGCUUCAGUGGCCCAUCAUUACAUAAAGAAAAGACACAUGACCUGGGUAGAAUCAUGAAACUACAGGAGCAGAAUCAAGGUCUGCAUCAAAGUCUACUGAAGACAGCAGUGAGGAUGGAGUGUUUAGGAGAGGAAUUCAUGAGCAGCCAAAAGCUUUUGGAGGCAGAGCUUCAGAGGACACGGAUGGAGCUCAGCAACAUCACAGAGAAGUUUCGGAGACUACAUGACAACUGCUCGACCACACAACAGACUAACAGUCUUCUAGAGCAAAGGUUUCAUUCAGUGGCUCAGACUAUGGAAGGAGAACGUGAGAGGUUGAAGCGGCAUAUUUCAGCACUGACGGAGCAGCUCGCUGAUGCAAAAUUUGCCAACAGUGUGGAAACAUUCAAUGUAACAUCAGUGCUACACAAAACUGACCUCUAUAUUCAGUCAGAUGAUGCCAUGAAUCAGGUGGUGCCUCCCAUCACUCCCCCUCCGGCUGAGUUCAUGGACAACCAUAACUACGAAAAGGCCAAAGGCGGUGGGCAGGAGCAAUCUCUGGGGUCAGUUCCAGAGGAGGAGGAAUCUGACUGGUCAGAGAUGGGAGACGAGACCCCCCGAUUUAUACUGACAGGAUCAAACAGAGGUCAAGUAUGGAGACACCGGGAACCAGAUGUUGACAAAGACAGUGAGUCAGGUGGCGAGGAAAUUGUCAGACAACACUCUCCACGGCCUCUGCAGAUACCUCAUCUGCAGUUCACCCUUCAUAACGAAAACCUGUCUGAUGGCAUGACAGGUGAGGGCACUUACAGGAUCACCACAAGUCCAAAUCUUGGCUCUGCCAUCCUGAUCCGGUCAGCCAGCCUGGAGGAAAUCCCUCUCGCACGCCAUCACAUGCAGAAGGAGCUCAGAGGCACGGAGGCCAUGAUGGACCUCCACCACCGAGGGGCCGAAACUAUCGUCGAUUUAGAUAAUGAGAUCAUUCAUCACUGGAGAAUAAGCAACGACAGGGAUGCGGCUAUUGUAAGGCCGACAGAAAGCAGGAUGUCAGAGGCAGAUAGCAGCCUGACAGGCCUGCAGUCAGCUGAGCAGAUGCUCAACCACAUCAUUAGUGGACCGCAGCAGAGUGAAGGACAAGGGCAGGGCAGGGCCGAGGUGCACGGCUGGACAGGAGGGAUCCCAGACGAGGUGUUGAAAGGGGAGCGAACACAGCUGUGACAGAAACAUGAGUGCACUGCUCACUGUGGCUAAAAUCAUAUUGUUCAUAUUUCAUCUAAUAAAAGGUUCAUUUUAGGGUUUUUUCAAUGGCUCAGUGGUUCAGUCCUUCUAAUUAACACGUGGUUUGAGGAAACUUUCCAGACAGUACAUUGGACUCCCUCAUUUGUUUUCUGAAUGCACUCAAAAUAAUCAUAUUACCUUAUUAUAUUCAACACACAUUACAGUUUUAACCACACCUAUAAAACAUACGCUCAAUAAAACCAACAUUUGUCAAGUGGAAUUGGAGGAAGAUUAAUAAUAUAGGUCCUUAAGCAUAAGCUAUAUUUGUCUGUACCUUGAAACAUCCUCAACAGCCUAUAUUUCCUCAUAUGAUGGAAACAUGUUAAUGUAUAUUUUUGUGUAUAAUACAGAUAUACUGUAGGCAUUUCCUUUCCUUUCAUGUCUUUAUUCUGUUUGCUUUAUUGUGCAGUAACAUUAUGUAUUCACAAAAGAUGUACUUCCUGUGUAGGUAGCCACAAUUAUGCACAGUUGAAUGCAUUGUUUAAUGCUGUGUGAUUAGUGUUAAGCACGAUCUAAAAACAUACAACAACAAAAAAUUUAAAAUUUUUCAGUGCUUUCUUGUUAAUCAGUUUCCCUGUUGUAAAAUGUAGUCUUAGCAUGUACUAUUUAACCUAAUGUAUACUUAUAAAUACAGCUAUAAAUUAACUUUUAAUAUGUGUAUAUGCAAAAUGGUCCUGUCUUUGUGCAAAGCAUAUAUUUCCUCUGGUUAUAAUAACUGACCUGAAAAUGAAAUUCUUGCAAUCUAACAUCUUAUGUAAAUGUCAUCUAUGUAACUCUGUUCAUGUAACAUCUAAUAAACCAAA